AUGACAGAGGACAAUCACUCCUUCACAACUGAGUUUAUCCUCACAGGAUUUAUGGAUCACCCAGAUAAGAAGACUCUUCUGUUCAUGGUGUUCUUUACUAUCUAUCUGAUCACCAUGGUGGGGAAACUUGGUUUGGUGGCAUUGAUUUUCAUGGAACGCCAUCUUCACACACCCAUGUACAUCUUUCUGGGCAACCUGGCUCUGAUGGAUUCCUGCUGUUCCUGUGCCAUUAACCCCAAGAUGUUAGAGAACUUCUUUUCUGAGGACAGAACUAUUUCUCUCUAUGAAUGCAUGGCACAAUUUUAUUUUUUUUGCCUUGCUGAUACUGUGGACUGCUUUCUCCUGGCAGCAAUGGCUUAUGAUCGCUAUGUGGCAAUAUGCAGUCCACUGCAGUACCACACCAUGAUGUCGAAGCAACUCUGCAUUCAGAUGAUCAUAGGGGCUUACAUAGCUGGGAACCUGCAUUCCAUUAUCCAUGUAGUACUUCUAUUAAGGUUAACAUUCUGUGGAUCUCAUCAAAUCAAUCACUUUUAUUGUGAUGUUCUUCCUUUAUAUAGACUCUCUUGUGUUGAUCCUUAUAUCAAUCAACUGAUGAUACUUAUCUUUGCAGGAUCAAUUCAAAUCUCCACUAUUACCAUAGUCUUAAUAUCUUAUCUUUGCAUCCUUUUCACAAUUUUCAAAAUGAAAUCCAAAAAGGGAAGAGGAAAAGCCUUAUCUACUUGUGCAUCUCACUUUCUCUCUAUCUUGAUAUUCUACGGUUCUCUUCUGUUCAUAUACAUUUGGCCACAUUCAGUCAAAGAAGAGGAUAACGAUAUACCAGUUGCUAUUUUUUAUACUCUAGUAAUUCCUUUGUUAAACCCUUUUAUCUAUAGUCUAAGGAAUAAGGCAGUAAUAAAUGCUAUGAAAAGAAUUAUGAAGAGAAAACCUCAUAACAUUCUGAAACAAAUAUCCCCUAUGACAAAUCGAUUUUAA